AAUAAAAAAGGACAGGGAUGAACUUAUCCGAUUAAGGCAAGGGUUUCAUUGCUGCCUGCGCCUUCUCCAUUUUGGUCUCCUCCAUUUCUCACCUCCGUGGAUAUUCCAGGGAAAAUUUUCUGGUUAAAGGGUUUCUCUCGCCUUUCGUGGGAAAUAAAGGAAAGGCAAGGAGUAGAAGACGAAGAUGGCGUUGAUCACACAAAUCCUCAAUUUCCGCGCCCCAGUUCUUCUGCCUCCCCAACCCCGAAACCCUAGAAUUCACUUGAUUAACCGUAAAUUCAAUGGUAUUCCGUCUCUUCCCAAGACACCCUACCUCAGUCUCUAUCGCAAAAACCCUAGAAUCAUCCCCCUCGCGACCGCUUCCGCUUCCGCUUCCGCUUCCGCUUCGAAAACAUUACCUUCACUAUCCCAGAAAAUCUCAAGUCUAUCGCCGCUCGUCGACUCGACUCGGACGAUUACGACCCUUGUAACGCUAGCAUUCGCCGUGUUCGCCAAGCUUGCCCAAAAUCUGUCUUUCUCAAUUCUAAACCCUAAUACGAUUGGGUUAUCGUUGCAAAGCAGCGUAGUCCAGACGGUUGGACCGGCGUUCUUCGCAUCGCUGCGGGACAGGCCUAGCGGAUAUCUGAACACACCGUUGACGGUAGUGGCGGCGGGAUUGUCGAAAUGGCUGGAUAUAUACAGUGGCGUUUUGAUGGUGAGGGUUUUGCUGAGCUGGUUCCCCAACAUCCCAUGGGAUCGGCAACCGCUAUCGGCAAUAAGGGACCUAUGCGAUCCCUACCUGAAUUUGUUCAGGAACAUAAUUCCUCCUGUUUUUGAUACGCUGGAUGUUAGCCCGCUGCUGGCGUUUGCGGUUCUGGGCACCCUCGGAUCGAUCCUCAAUAACAGCAGGGGAAUGUAUUGAGUUGAUAAGGCAGCAAUGGUAGCAAGUAAACAACACAAGGACUCUGUUAAGUUAGCUGCUAUUUUCUUUUGGCUAUUUCUAGUUAUUUUGGUUGUCAUACCGUAACUCAUAUCUGGCUGAGACAUAAAUUUUGGGAAGUGGGAUGUUAGAUGGUUUGAGUGAUA